AUGACACCCUCCAUUUCCUUUUCAUCCAACCGCAUGAAUGAAGCAUUUUGGAGAAGGUUCGGCAAAUGUAUUUUGGUGAUGGUUCCCCGCGGCGAAAAGGUCAAAGCCAAGGUUCGCCAAGCUGUCCGAGACCAGAUUGGCGGGUUGGUGGUGGAUGUGUCGACGGAACGGAUGGCUGGACCACGAGGCCAUCUCGAGGAGGAGUUGGAGAGUGCGGGGGGCGGAAACCGUGGGAAUCCACCUCUUAUGUCCAGCGCUGCUUUGAGGUCGGUGUUGUUCACCCAUCUCCAGACCGGCAGACCUCUCGGUGAAGGAAUAAUUGUAUCUGCGUCGGCCGCCAACAUACAUGGCAACCACAAUGGUAUUCUUGGUAAGCCAAUCACAGCCCAAGGUCAAACCGAGCAGCGCACGGGCACCCGCAUACAAAAGGGCUGGGUUUCCCCUUGGGCAAAAUGA